GAUGCGCCCUCCACCUCAGAGUUGCAUGGGCUCCACGUUAGUGCAGUUGACAGUUAAUUGUGUUCAGGGGCGCCGUUUUCCGACACUUCCAGUAAAGUCCAUGACCAGAAGACGGAUGAUUCGUUGAUACAAUCAUGUCUGGAGGUAGCUCGCAGGACUCGACGGGUUUCUUUCCUCAAGAGGAACUCCCGGAGACCUUUACUGUAAAAUACUUAGGGCACGCGGAGUCACGAGGCUUAUGGGGCAUCAAGAACACCCGAGGGCCGGUGGACACUCUGGUAGCGCUGGCCAAACAGCCCGGAGCAGCACUACCGGUACUGAAACUGACGGUAUCGCGCGCGGGCUGCACUCUAGGGGCUGGAGUGGCCACCAAACACUACCCCAUAGAUACGGUAUCAUACGGCGUGCAGGACCUGGUUUAUACCAGGGUCUUCAGUAUGAUAGUGGUACAGGACAAGGGCGACAAGAGCCCCUUCCAAUGCCACGCUUUCGUGUGCGAGAGUCGCCAAGCCGCCAGGAAGGUCACGUACUGCCUUGCCACUGCCUUCCAGGAAUACAGCCGGAGUAUUCGGGCCGCUGAGGCCGGCCAGAAGAGGUUCGCUAUUGACCUGCGCUCCCCUGAGGAUCUUGAGGCGGAGUUGAAAGCUUCUGAUUCAUCUGAAGCGUGACGCCAUCUUGAUCAGAAAUCUAUACAGUUUGUGUUUUAUAUUAAUCCUCAUCAAUAAACUAAACCCAACUCAGGGGUCACUUCCCACACAACAUUCACAUGAGACACAACGGCCCGCUACCACCAGUAGCAAAACUGUGUUCUGUUUACAAUGGUGUUUUUAAAGACUAUAUAUCGUAAUGUGAUUUUUUGACAAACACUCAUUUUUGCAUGAUCAUUUUAUGAAGUCUGUUUUGGUUGCAAACUUAAAAUACUCAAUACAAUCCUCAUAAUAAUAGUUUUCUUAACUACUAUAUGUAUUUUAACAACGCAUUUUAGUUAUUUUAUUUAUGAACAAUACAUUUCAUUAUCCAAAAAGGUCUUUAGCUCUACGAUACAAUUUAGUUGUGACCUUUCAAUUGAAACGUUUCGCUUGUAAUGACAUUUAAAUUUGUACAUUUAGAAUUGUAAUGUGCCAAAUCCCACAUGAUUGUAAUUAUUUAAUUUAGCUCAAACCGAUACGAUGGACGAUUCAUUUUAGUAAUAACAAUGCUAAGUAAAAGGCUUCUUAUGUCCACUACCAACGGCUGAGUUAUAAAAAAUCUUUUCGUUCUCCGGUAAACUUAAACGUUUUUGAUGUACAGUACUUAGAUUUUGGAAUCUUUUCCGUAUUUAAUUUUCAAAAAGAUGCCUCCUCAAUUUUAUCACACAUUAUUAGAAAAUUAAUAAAUAUGUUUUUUGAGAUAAUUAUAAUUAUUCAAUAGGAUAUUAAUUAUUUAAUUUUAAUUCAACCUAUUAAUGAAUGUAUAUUAUUACUUAUUAAAUUUGGAUAAGGUGUAAUUUUUCUCGACAUUGUAAGACAUUUAAAUAUGUAAACGCAGGAAAGCUUUGGAAAAACUCUAGAAAUAUACUAUUACUUCCAAUAGCGAUGAAACUGGCAAUUCUUCAGUAUCCCUGUCACGUGUUUAUUUAUUUUUAAACGGUCAAUAAUAUCAAGAUGAUCUAAAGAUCCCAAAGAUGUGACUGUUUUGCAAUGAUAGGUUAUAUUUUUUGAAUAUUCACUUAACAUUGCGAGUUUUAUAUGGUUCAAUUCAACUGUCAGCCUUGAGUAUAACACAAAUAAUAAAGAAAAAUGUCAUAUAUUACAAAUAAUAAUAAUAAUAAUAAUAGAGUACUAAAAACCAAGUAUUUUAAAAUACUUAAAUAAUCAACACGCAUUACAAAAAACUGAAGUAAUAUUAAAUUUACCUGAACUCAUAUCAGAACAUACACAAAAAAUCCAACUUCAUUUGUGAAAGUAUUAGUGUUAAACGUAAACGGGGGUUUUCCCGAUACGGUACAAAAUAAUAUAAAAUAAAUACGAAUCACAAAUAUAAAAUGCUUUGACACAUCCUACAUGAAUCAUCGAUCACUGUACUCCAUACAAAUAAUUUUUUAUAAUGUCCAUAAAAGAGUCUUGGGUCUUGAAUAUAGGGAUUCUCAGACGCUCUUCGGAAAUUCAGCCCAGAUCGGUUCAGAUACACCACUGGUGGUGUGCUAAUUACUGAACUAACCAAAAUGUUCAGACGCUUCUCAUUGUAUGUACAGUUAUACUGGCAUAAAUUAGUAAAACUCUUUCUUGCAUUCUAUUCAUUUCAUUCCCCAAAAACGGGAUAAAACCGACGGAGCAAGAAUUUACAUCAGGACAUUUUGUCUAAACAAAACUGACUACAACAGUAGCCGGGUGAUAAUGUAAGCAAUUAGUUUAACAUGUUAUUUUUGGUGUUGAAGAAUAUUACGCUUUUUAAAUUUAAUAUUAAUUUAUGUUAACAAUUAUGGAAAACAUAAAAAUUGUGCUAAUUAAGUGUAAAAGCGAUAUUACGUAAACAUGUGCAACACCACUUAACCUUACUCCAGUAGUAACAUAUGUUAUAUUACACAAUAGAAGAAUUAAUGGAGUACAUUUCUAUAUUUCUGUUUUUGGAUUUUUAUUGGGGCACACAAUUGUUUGAAUGUUUAUAGCACAACUGACUGAAUAGCUCAAUUUUUCGUUAAAGGGUUUUAGGUAAUUUUAAUAAUUUUACUACUAGGAGUUAUUAUGUGAGUGAAUGAUUUUUCAAUUAGCAAUUUGAGUUCGAUGAAGAGGCUUACUAGAUAAGUGCAUGUAAAUUUAUGUGUGCACAGAAUCGACUCUCUUGAUAAUGCAAAUUUGUAUAGUUUAAUUCUUUAUGGUACAUUUAUUUUGUUUUCCAUUUUUCUUAAUGCGGUUUUGGAGGCGAUGUUAGUGAGCAUAUUGUUAUUUCCAACCAAGAUUUAUAGAUAAAAUGAGUACACGGAAAAACAAUAUAGGAGUAUAGGUUAAACCACCUCAAGUAAGAACAAAGAACUAAAUUUAAAUUAGUCUUAAACUAUUUGCUCACUUAAAAACUAUAUAUGUUUGUUUCUAUGUAAAUGUAUACUUUUAUGAAAAUACUUGAAAUUAAUAUAAUAUUACUCGUUAUUGAACUCGAACACUACAAUUCGGUGUUUACUCAUAUAUUCAGUGGAAUGAAGACGCUAUGAUUAUUAGACGAGUAACAUAAAUGAAGAGUAAUUUUCAUUAUAUUUAAAAGUAUUAGAGCAAGAGAAGAAGGCACGUUUCUCAUAAGAUAGUAAACACUUCAACUGAAUGUUUUCUGUGCCAUGGAAGUCUUUCUUCUCUUUCGAUAACAUAAUUCUCAGUACUCUUAAAACAUACGAUACUAGUAAUGUGAGGUUGGUUGGUUCGAUUGGUACAAUUUGGUUAGUUAUCACUUUCGAUACACAGAUAGAUAAUAAACAUAUAUGGUCUUAUUCAUAUUACCAUGAUUGUUGAAAUCCAAUACGUAACUACUCGAGCUUGUUCCUGAAUUAUAUGGAUAUUAAUUUAUGUAUAUUGUUGUAUCAUAUUUAUAGUUUUUUCCAAUAAUAAAACUAACAAUAGACCAAAUUAAAUAGAUUAAUUUUAUUAGUCUAUCUACUGUAGUCUAACAAAAUGUCUUAUCUGGCACCCAAUCAGUUAAGAUUCAGAUGUCAUCAAGUCCUCAAACAGUUUUUAGUCACUUCUUAGAAAUUGUACGCAUUCGAAAACAGUAAUUUUUAUCUCCUUGUUGAUAAUUUUAGUUUAUAUAAAAUAGUACAAUUUAAUAACACAAUUAAGAUGCAGAAUAAAAGUAUUUUUCCGAUUAAAACGUUAUCAAAUUUCCGAAUAAAAGGGGUAAAUAAAACAAGAUACCUUAUGUUUCAAUUUACCAAUUUAUUAAUUAUAAUCUUUCUUUACAUAGGUUUGAUCUGUUGAAGUUAAAAAGGGACCGAAAACAAAAACAGGCUUUCAAAGUUCAUAUAGUUCUUACCAUAUUUUGACAGGUACUAUUUAAAACAUAAAUAUUUAUAUAAUCUUUACAGCAUGCGUUAUAUAAUGAAAGUGUUUUUACCGUUCUGAAUAUUGUUCCUAGUACCUACAAUGUUUCUUGUGUUACCUUUAUGUGAUUUACUACCAUGCUUGUUAGAUGAUAACCGUAUUCGUAAAAUUUAAUAUAUUGUGUAAAUAAAUUGAAUAAUUUGUUUUCAAAGUAAA